AUGCCAGAGGGAUGUACGCUCACAGUGACUGUUGACAAGGGAUGUACGCUCACAGUGACUGUUGACAAGGGAUGUACGCUCAUAGUGGCUGUUGACAAGGGAUGUACGCUCAUAGUGACUGUUGACAAGGGAUGUACGCUCAUAGUGACUGUUGACAAGGGAUGUACGCUCAUAGUGACUGUUGACAAGGGAUGUACGCUCACAGUGACUGUUGACAAGGGAUGUACGCUCAUAGUGACUGUUGACAAGGGAUGUACGCUCACAGUGACUGUUGACAAGGGAUGUACGCUCACAGUGACUGUUGACAAGGGAUGUACGCUCACAGUGACUGUUGACAAGGGAUGUACGCUCACAGUGACUGUUGACAAGGGAUGUACGCUCACAGUGACUGUUGACAAGGGAUGUACGCUCACAGUGACUGUUGACAAGGGAUGUACGCUCACAGUGACUGUUGACAAGGGAUGUACGCUCACAGUGACUGUUGACAAGGGAUGUACGCUCACAGUGACUGUUGACAAGGGAUGUACGCUCACAGUGACUGUUGACAAGGGAUGUACGCUCACAGUGACUGUUCGGUCGUAUUCACCGGGCUGCUUGCCACAGUUACCUGACAGUCGACGGGUUGACGUUCUGUACCAUGUCCGAUACUAA